AUGUGUCGUCUGUACGCGAUCGUUGCCGUAGCGGUGCUCGCCGUGCCGUACUGCUGCCGAGCGGCGGAAGGCGUGAGCGACACUCUGAUGAAGAUGUUCCGCAUCGAGACGAUGGAAAACCGCACCGCCGACGUCCAGAUACCCAGCUACAUGUACGAGUUAUACGAAGACACCGGAAAUAGGCGAUACGACGUGAUAAGGAGCAUCACGCCGACGACGGAAUCACAUGGCGCGUUUAGUCAGUUUGUUUAUGACCUGAGUACACUUGAACCCUCUGAAAUCGUCCAAAAAGCAGUCCUUCAGCUCGAACCUAACACAAAUCGUCAAUUUAGCAAGGCCAUAAAUGUAUCAUUCUUCGUUUUGCCUAAACAAACCGUAUCGAAAACGUAUUUAGGGUCGGGAACAAUACAUGGCACUUUAGAUUUAGCCAACACUUUGGGCCCACAACCAUUAAAUGGCUUUGACCAACUAGUCGUCCAAAUGGAAGGUGCAGCAAAAUUGUCUAUUGGACUAGUGUUGUAUUCGAUAACCACUGGUGAUAGAUAUGCAAAAGGCAACGAAUUGGCAAACUUACUGUUUGAAACUGCAAUUAAAAGACGCAAGAGGUCAGUGGCUGAUAAUGAAAUCGACGUUAAGCGAAAUCAUUUCACGAGUGAGCCAAAACGAAAGAAGAAGAAGCAAAAAGUAUCACGAGUCAAUAAACUACAGGCUGUGGACACGGGUGACACGAUCACGUUUACCGGUACGGACCAGUGCCGGAUGGAGAAGCUGGUGCUCAACUUCGCAGACAUCGGCUGGGAAGACUGGGUGAUCUACCCGAAGGGGUUCGAGACCAACUACUGCGCGGGUGGUUGCCUGUUUCCGCUGGGCAAGGGGUCCAAGCCCACCAACCACGCUACCGUCCAGAGCUUGGCCAGGUCGUUCGGCCGGCUGUGGGACGUGCCUGAGCCCUCGUGCGUGCCCGACACUCUAGCCCCGCUCACGCUGCUCUACAUGGACCGGUCCAACCACGUGCUGCUCAAGAGUUACCCCGACAUGAGGGUGCUUACGUGCUCGUGCAAGUGA